AGCGUUUAGUGUUAUAAUAGGAAUAGCAUUGAGUAUGUUGAAGCUGGAUAUUCUUAACGCUAGAGACUCACAUGUUCAGAAGCUUCUGGCUACACAAGCAGAAAUGGCUACCAAGAUUGAAGAUUUGCAGAGUCAACUUCAUUGUUUAGCUGGAAAAAAACUAUCUGGUGCUGAUUUGGAUGCUCAAUCUAAUGUAUCAAACACAAACAAAGGAGGAAUUAAGUGUAAGAUAUUGGAUUGGUUUUCAAAAGAUGAAGUUGUUGUCGGGGAAUCAGACAACAACUCUCCAACUGAGCAUAACAUGGACUCUGAUGAACAACCGAUUUACAACAUCUUUGCUUGGAAUGGAACUGAUAUUGUUGCUGAGGAUCAGGCUAUAAACUAGAGAGAGUUUAGUGAAGUGUGACUAUUACUCUUUGCUUCUUUACUUUCUUUCUAGUGUGUUGAUGCAUGUGAGUGAAUGUCAUAUUUAUUUGAGUGUGUGAUCCUUUGAACUUAUUAUCAGAAUAGUGAUAAAGUCGUAGUAAAUUGUCUUAAAACUCCAAGCUUUCUGGUUCCUUGUAAGAAAGAUAAUUUACUACU